GAUUAUUUAAUUAAUGCAUGUAAUAAUUAAUAUUUUAUUUUAUUGUAAAUUAAGACGUAUUUAUGGGUUAAAAUGGAUUACGACUUCAAAACAAAGCUGGCGGCCGAGAGAGAGAGAGUAGAAGAUCUGUUCGAAUAUGAAGGUUGCAAAGUGGGUCGAGGCACCUACGGGCACGUUUAUAAAGCUAAGCGCAAAGACGGGAAAGAUGAGAAGGAGUACGCACUGAAACAAAUAGAAGGCACUGGAAUAUCAAUGUCUGCCUGUAGGGAGAUCGCUCUGUUAAGAGAACUGAAACAUCCAAAUGUGAUCGCCCUGCAGAAAGUCUUCCUGUCCCAUAGUGACAGAAAGGUUUGGCUCCUCUUCGACUAUGCUGAACAUGACCUUUGGCACAUCAUCAAGUUCCACCGCGCCUCUAAGGCCAACAAGAAGCCCAUGCAGCUGCCCCGAGGGAUGGUGAAGUCUCUCCUGUAUCAGAUUCUGGAUGGGAUCCAUUACCUCCAUGCCAACUGGGUGCUCCACAGGGAUCUGAAACCAGCCAACAUCCUGGUGAUGGGGGAAGGUCCUGAACGAGGACGAGUUAAAAUCGCUGACAUGGGUUUCGCAAGACUCUUCAACUCUCCCCUGAAGCCGCUGGCGGACCUCGACCCUGUGGUGGUGACCUUCUGGUACAGGGCCCCUGAGCUGCUGCUGGGGGCCCGACACUACACCAAAGCUAUUGAUAUUUGGGCCAUUGGCUGCAUCUUUGCGGAGCUGCUAACGUCGGAGCCCAUCUUUCACUGUCGCCAGGAAGACAUCAAAACCAGUAACCCUUUCCAUCAUGACCAGCUGGACAGGAUAUUCAGCGUCAUGGGUUUUCCUGCAGAUAAGGACUGGGAGGACAUUAGGAAAAUGCCAGAGUACCCGACACUGCAGAAAGACUUCAGGAGGACGACGUAUGCAAACAGCAGCUUAAUCAAAUACAUGGAGAAGCAUAAAGUUAAACCAGACAGCAAAGUUUUUCUCUUGCUGCAGAAACUCCUCACCAUGGACCCCACCAAAAGAAUCACAUCAGAGCAGGCGCUGCAGGACCCGUACUUCCUGGAGGAGCCUUUACCAACCACUGAUGUGUUCGCCGGGUGUCAGAUCCCCUACCCAAAACGAGAGUUUCUAAACGAAGACGAGCCAGAGGAGAAAACAGAAAAGAACCAGACCCAGCAGCACCAGCAGACGACAGGCCAGACUCAGGCCCAGAACCAGCAGCAGACGGCAGCGCAGCAGGCCCCCUCCCAGCAGAGCUCGGCCCAAACCAACGGCACUGCCGGAGCCACGGGGGCCACCGCCGGCGGGGGGCUACAACACGGCCAGGACCAGGGGCCCCCUAACAAGAAACCUCGGAUUGGGCCCUCUGGGGCCUCCUCAGGCACUGGGGUGCUGCAGUCAGAGUACCAGCACUCCGGCUCCCGCCUUGGUUACCAAAGCAACGUCCAAGGUUCCACUCAGCCCCAGAGCACCAUGGGAUACUCGUCGUCAUCCCAGCAGAGCUCCCAGUACUCCCACCAGGCCCACCGUUACUGAGGCUCCCACUCACUCCUGAACCAGCAGAGCAGUCCCCUCCCCCACCCCCCCCACCGCCCCCCCCCCCCGGCUCCUGCCAGUGCAACACUCCCAAAUCCUGGUCGGACCUCCCUCCGUGCAUUACAUCAUUCCACCUCCACCACCCUCCUUUUUAACCCCUCCCUCACCUUUGACCUUCUCCCUAACAGCCUUCACUGUAACAUGAAGGCAAAGGAACAUAGGAACCAAAAAGUUCUGCCUCGUCGGGCUGCUGAACUGAGAGUAAUGUAAGAUAGAUGUGAAGGCGUCACACACACACAGACUUAUGGCACUUACAAACACGACGGUCCUCGCCGGGAAGAAUCGCAGCUGUGUUCAUAUGUGUACAUUAUAUAGCACCUUUUUCUAUUUGAUUUGUUUUUCUCACUUAUUUGCUAGAGUUUUCAAGUUUACCUUGAUAGUUGAUGUCAUUGUACAUAUUGUUACAUACGGAAGUGAGCGGAUGAAAAGCAGCAGGACAAGCCCUUUACUGUCAUCUGUAGAGUAAUAUUACCUUGGAUAAUCAAAACGAAACGAGCUAACCCUGUCCUUUUAAGAAAAACAGUCACAUGUUUCUACAAGGAGAGAAUCGGCACUUUAGCUGAUGACAUUGCAGGGAAAUAUUAAAAUGCGCAAUUUAACUUCUUAUUACACGGUUUCUAUAUUUAGACCUCUCUUUAUCUAGAUUUGGAUUUGGAAAGUGAGAAAAGUCUUUUUAACAGCGUUAAGUUGUGUAUAUUCGGAUUCACUCCACUACCUAGAUAAGAAACAUUUGACGGACGACAGCCUUCGCAGGAGGCUGGACGCCUCUCGUUUGUGCCAGCAGCUCCGGACUGUUUUCUUGCUCAGGAGCUGCCGGUGGACACUUUGCUCCGACACACACCUUAUCGAGGACCCUCAAGACUUUUUCUGAACACGAGCGUGCGCAUAAAUGUACAGGGCAGCUAACAGUACGGCCCCCCCUUCAUAUGCUUCUUGAGACUGUUACUGCCUGAUGUCACUUUGUUUUUUUUAAUGUUAUCAUUGUUGCCCUGUGUGUGUGUGUGUGUGUGUGUGUGUG